UGCGCGGUCUCUCAGACUCUCACAGCUGUUUCCAAAUUCGUUCGCCGCGGAUCGUCGCGGGAUGCUGGCCGGCGAGCACGCGCGUUCGCAGACGGACCCGAGGAUUCCGAGGUGCAGACGGGCCUGAGGGACGCGACUCCUCCCGCGGCGCAGUGUCUGUCGACCUCGUCGCGCGCGUCCGAUUAACCUGCGCGGCCGCGAUCUCCUCGAUUACAGGCUGACCUACUUCUCGUCUUGACGCGCGCUCAAAGUCGGGCCAGCAGCCAGCAGCUCGCGUGCAGAUCAUGCAACGGCUAGUCUUUUGAAUUGUUAUAUAUACAUACUAUAUAUAUAUAUAUAAAAACACAUCGACACUCAGCACUAUGCCAGACAGGAAAGCAGUCCUGGAGUGCGUUCCCAUUUCCAGUGCUACUGCCAGCGCUGGACGCCGUUACUGAAUUCGGCUGAUCUUCUGAGAGGAUCACUUCCAAAUGAGUAUUUUGCUAAUAACGCAGCAGUUAUUCUUUUCUGAAUGCAACCAACGCCUUUUCCUUGACACUGAAUGCCCGAGACUAUUGGGAGCACUGUCGGUAGUACUGAGAGGAAAUGGGAACACAUCCUGGAUGUGACGCGACAUUCGUUACAAGCAUCAGUGGCCGAUUUAUCUUUGUGCUGUUAAUAUUUUUCGAUCCGGGACAAGUAAUUUGGAAGGAGACACGAUUUGCCUGCGCUUUGUCAGGAAAGUUUUGCAAUCAAAAAAUGGAAAACGAGGAUGAGCAGAAGCAUAACACAAAUGACGCUGGUACAUCAACGAACUGUGAUACUAAUACACAGUUGAGUGUGCAAAAUAAUGUUCAAAACAGGCAACCAACGCCCCCAAAUUUUAUGAUAAGUGGAUUAACAGGACUGUCACCACCUAAAUACGUGUCUUUUGACGAAAUUGCAAAAGCUGCCAACGGAAUGAAAAAUAUGGCCUUAGCACACGAAAUCGCGGUAGAUAAGAAUUUUCAGCUGCAAAAAUUGGAGCCGGAAGACGGUAGUUUUCAUAGGCGAGUAAAAGAAAUAAUGCACACAGCUUUUUGGAAUCUGCUAGCGGAGCAGUUGGCCGAAGAUCCGCCAGAUUAUUCGCACGCACUGGUUUUAAUGAAAGAAAUUAAAGAAUCACUGGACGAGCUCGUACCACCGCAUAAUUCGAGAAUCAAAGAAAAUAUCAGAGAGGUGCUUGAUUUAGACCUGAUCAAGCAGCAAGCGGAGAAAGGUGUAUUAGAUUUUUGCCAUUACGGGGAAUACAUAAUCUCCAUUAUGAGUAAAAUAUGCGCGCCCGUGAGAGAUGAGAAAAUCAAAGAGCUGUCGCAGCAGGCAAACAUCGUUGAGACAUACAAGGGCAUCAUGGACUUGUUGCAGCUAAUGAGAUUGGAUCUGGCAAAUUUUACCAUCACGAUGAUGAGGCCAAAUAUCAUUGCGAUGAGUAUUGACUAUGAGAAAGCAAAGUUUGCCGAGUUUUUAAAGAUUAACUCGAACGGCUUGCAAUACACAGAGAGAUGGUUACUGAAACAUUUCGAUCCAGAGAAAGUCCCAGGCUCAGCCAGCGCCGGUACUAAUAAUGUAAGACAAAUCACUCACUUUUUAUUGACAGAGGCGUACCUUGAUCUGCUGGAAUGGGAUUUUAAUCUAAACGCCGAGACACUGAUGCUGGAUCAAGGGAGACUUCUGGAAUUGCGUGACGUAACCAGUAGAUUGAGCGUCGUUGGUUCUGUGAUACUAUUGGUUAAUAAUACAAUUGGUGCACCGAUUCAUGGGAUCUCGAGCUUUAAGAAGAAUAUUAAGGAGCAUUUAAAUGCACUGUUGGAUUCUGUACAUUCGAACAAAGAUCUAGAAGCUGCAAUGCCAAAUAUUAUACUACAAGUAAAAACAGAUGUGAAAACAACAUUGCAGGAAGUCAACGCUCCCGAGUUAUCGUCGGAAGUAGAAACGUUAUUGGAAGGUCAAAUAGCCGAUCUUAUCGAUACAAAACAUAAGAUCAGAUAUCUCGUCAAUCUACGUAUUAGACAGUUCCUGCAGAAAAUCAUUCAAUCGCAAUCCACUGCACCCCAACAAGUACCGCCGGGCCUUUCCUCGCUGCAAGAGGAGUUAGCGGCUGUUGCUGCCCGAUUUGUAAUACUUGUCUCGCAUAACCGCAGCGUAUUCUGCGAGUAUUAUCAAGAUAUUGUUGCAAACGCGCUUGCAAAGAGCGACGUUGACAAUAAUAAACAGAUACACGAAGCACAUACUAUGGAAUUGUAAAGAGAAAUAAUGUUAAUACACUCGGAUUUCACUCUGUAUCCGAGACAUAUGUUAUAUCGAGAUCAUCUGGUAGCAUCAGACAAUUGAGUUCCUCCGAUGAAUCGUCGCUACGCAUCUCGUAAUAAAGAGCUCAUUUUCGAGCGCCUACAUUGAAGUUCACGCGCUAUAUCGAGGUGCGAGUGUAUAUAAUUUUUCAUCUUUAUGUCCGUUUAAUUGUAUAAUGGACAGUAUUCAUAAAUUGAAUAUUACAUGAUUAACACGAUAGAAAAGAUAUCUGUAUUUUUUAUCAUCACUCACGAUUGCAAGCACGAUUAUUAACGCCAAACAGUAACAGAACUGUAUUAUUCUUUUUAUUUUACUUACAGAAUAUAUUAGUGUAUGAUAUAUACAUUGUCUCAUUAAAUUAACGGUAUACGAUGUCUUUCUUUCCGCAUGUUUUUUUUGUAAUAAAUCAGUGUAUUUGAUUAAAAAAUUAUCAUGUAUAAAUAUAUGUAAAAUAUGCAUGUAAGUAUGUUCACAUUUGCAGUACUGAUGUUUUUCAUCGUCAACGCCAAUUUUAUACUAUUAUAACAAAAAUAAAAUAAUUUAGUUCUAUCAUAUUUUAGAUUUUCCAACUUUUGUCGACUUCGCUGUAAUGACGAAUGCAUUAUUUUACAUUCCGCACGAAUAGUCUAGUCGAUCUCGUAAGUAGCAGUAGUAGCAGUAGUAGUGGGAAAAAAUCGGGUGGGCCUAAUACACAUGUCUUAAUGGUA